UUGCUCCACCUCCUGUACAGCAGGUGGCAGUGAAGUGCACAUCGAAUCUCAAGUGGAAGUACGAGACGAAGUGUGACUGUUUGACCACUUCUUAAACCAUUUUACAGCAGCACAACAAAGGCGAUUUAAUCCAUAAGAUAGCAGAGCAUCAUGUCUGCAGAUCUGGAUCUUUCUCCUCCGGAGGUUUCUGAGCCCACGUUCUUCGAGAGUCUCUUGCGUUAUGGACUACUUUUAGGAGCCAUUUUUCAACUUGUCUGUAUACUUGCAAUAAUAAUACCCACAUCUAAGAGUCAUGAACAGGUGGAGACUUCAGAGCCGGUUGUCAAUCGCAGCUCCGAGCAGAACAAAAAGCCAAAGGCACCCGUUCAACAAAUCCGACAGAAACUGAAAAAGGAGAGCAAGAAAAAGAGAUAGAAUAUUCAUAGUCACUGAGUGUGAAUAAAACUGAUGGUGCAACACUAACCUUGUUUACAGACCAGCUGUGGAACAGACUAAGAGGCGUUAAGAGUUUGUGCAUUCACUUUAAACAAUUGUCAUGUUAGCUUUUCUAACACCAUAUGAUUUUGAGUGUAUUUUUGGUUAUAUGUAUUAUUUGUGCUUGUUUAUAUGGCUAUUUUAAGUACAAUUACCUGAAUAAACGGACUACUAUCCGAUA